AUGAGGGAGAAGGUAGAAAUGCCGUUUUCAGAGACGACACCUCUACUUGAGGUCAAUGUCGCGCCGCGGCGGCAUCGGUACCCUCACCACACCCUCCGCCGCACAUGUACCUUUCUGCUCGGCACGCUUCUCGUGAUUGUCGUCAUCCUCUUUUUGAUUCCGUCCGCCAUCUUACCCCGCGAGCACGGCUCUAUUUGGUCCUAUUUGCCAUGGGCGAACCCAUAUCCCCAUGGUGCCUGGCCUCAGGGUGACGGCCUGCCUUAUGACCAGCUCCAGCAGAUCCUCCUCAACACCCCAUCCGCGGCCAAGGCCCGCGAGUGGAGCGAGUACUAUACUGCCGGACCCCACUUGGCAGGCAAGAACUUGAGCCAGGCGCUCUGGACGAUGGAGAAGUGGAAGGAGUUUGGCGUGGAGGAUACAACCCUUGCUUCUUAUGAUAUUUAUCUAAACUACCCAUUGGACCACCGCCUGGCCCUGCUCAAGAAGUCGGGCGAUAAUACCGAGGUGACCUUCGAGGCCACCCUAGAGGAGGAUGUGCUGGAGGAAGAUCCCACUUCAGGCUUGCGCGACCGGGUACCUGUUUUCCACGGGUACUCGGCCACGGGUAAUGUCACUGCCCAGUUUGUGUAUGCCAACUUCGGUACCUAUCUGGAUUUUGAAGACCUCCUCAACGCCAAUAUUACCCUGGAGGGUAAGAUUGCUAUCGUCAAGUAUGGUGGCAUCUUCCGUGGUCUCAAGGUGAAGCGAGCACAGGAGCUCGGUAUGGUCGGUGUGCUUAUCUACAGUGAUCCCCAAGAAGAUGGCGAGAUCACCGAAGAGAAUGGUUACGAGGCAUACCCUAAUGGCCCAGCGCGGAAUCCCAGUGCGAUCCAGAGAGGUAGCACACAGUUCCUGAGCAUUGCUCCUGGUGACCCUACCACCCCAGGAUAUCCAUCUAAGCCUGGCUGUGAGCGUCAAGACCCUCACAACUCCAUUCCAUCUAUCCCGUCGCUUCCUAUCUCUUAUCAAGAGGUCAUCCCAUUCCUAAAGGCCCUCAAUGGACAUGGCCCCAAGGCAUCUGACUUCAACAAGUACUGGCAGGGCGGUGCUCUUGGCCACAAGGGUGUUGAAUACAACAUCGGGCCUUCGCCCGAGGACAUUGUGAUCAAUCUCAACAAUGAGCAGGAGUAUGUGACUACCCCCGUGUGGAAUGUCAUUGGUGUUCUUAAGGGUACCAUUUCGGACGAGGUCAUUAUCCUAGGCAAUCACCGUGAUGCGUGGAUUGCUGGUGGUGCCGGAGACCCGAACAGCGGCUCUGCAGCGAUGAAUGAGGUGAUUCGCAGCUUUGGCGAGGCGUUGAAGGCUGGAUGGAAGCCGCUGCGCACUAUUGUCUUUGCUAGUUGGGACGGUGAAGAGUAUGGUCUACUCGGAUCGACCGAGUGGGUGGAGGAGAACCUCCACUGGCUGUCCAAGGCUAACGUCGCAUACCUGAACGUCGAUGUGGCUGCUUCUGGCACCGACUUUGGCCCUCGUGCCGCUCCCCUGCUGAACCAGCUUAUCCAUGAGGUUGCUGGUUUGGUGGAGCACCCGAACCAGACUGUUCCCGGCCAGACUGUGCGUGACGUUUGGGAUGGUAAGAUCGCGACCAUGGGCAGUGGCAGCGACUUCACUGCCUUCCAGGACUUUGCGGGCGUGGCCAGUCUGGAUUUCGGCUUCAGUCGCGGGAAGAACGAUCCUGUCUACCACUACCACUCGAACUACGAUAGCUUCGCGUGGAUGGAGAAGUUUGGCGAUCCGAACUGGUCCUACCACAUCACCACCACGAAGCUGUGGGCACUGGCAGCCGCACGCCUGGUCGAGUCGCCUUUGAUCGCCUUUAGCGCCGGCGACUAUGCUGCGGGGCUGGACUCGUAUCUGCAACGAGUCAAGCCCGCUGCGGACAAGCUGCCCGAGAAGGCCCACUUCGACUUUCUCCAUCUCGACCGGGCCAUCUCCCACUUCCAGGCGGCCGCAACCAAGUUCGAUGCCUACGCAGCGUCCUUGAACCAGCAGCUGGACGAGCACGUCCCCUGGUACCACUGGUGGAAGAAGGUUCGGCUGUACUUCCAGAUCCGUAUCGCCAAUGACAAGUACAAGGGCAUCGAGCGGGCGUUCCUGUACCAGCCCGGUCUCGACGGCCGCAACUGGUUCAAGCACGUCGUGUUUGCGCCGGGCGUCUGGACUGGCUACUCGGGAGCCACCUACCCCGGACUAGUGGAGAGCCUUGACGCCGGCGAUGUGGAGAAUGCCAAGAAAUGGAGCCGUAUCAUCCAGGAACGGAUCGGCGCAGCGACCAAGCUGCUGUCUUAG